CUUUGCUUGCCAAACAAAUAAAACCAGCAAGGAGGGGAAGUUAGGCCAGCAGUUAAGCUGUUUGAUAUUUGGUCACCAUCUCAGCUCAAUCUCCACCUUCCUGACUUGUUCUCAACACCUUCUGUCCUUUAUUUACCACCCAUUUCCAUCUCUCCUUCCAUUCACUUUCAAGUUUCUCGUCCUCUGUUUUAGCUAAUUUGCCCGUAUUUCGGGGUUCUUUGACAAGAUAUUAGCUCUCGGUUGAAUGUUGUUCGUUGAAGUUUGAUGCUAAGGCACUUCUAUCUCUAAGCCACAUUGUUCAAGAGACUAAUUAUUCCUUCAAGAUUGAGGAUUUCAGAGUAUUUUGGGAUUCUAAUAGAAUUUGGAUACAAUGAACAGCAGUUACUUCUUCGUAGCAGAUUCUGCGUGCAACUCCGGGACUGCAGUUUCGUAUUCGGCAGUUUCUGCCAGCGGGGAAGAUGAUCAAGCGGGCAUGGCAGUGCGAAACAGGUUCUCCCGGGUUCCCUCUUCCUCGUUCUUGGCAAGGACAGCGGUGAGGGUGUCACGAGCCAGGUGGUUCAGCUUCCUGAGAAGGGUGUUUCACUACCAAAAUGGAUCAAGAUCUGAUCUUGGCUCGAACCCAUUCAAUGCCGGUUCUUGGAUGGCGAUGGAGCUGACAGCUUUGCUUGUUCAGAUUGUGAUGGUAACGUAUACUCUGGCGGUUUCCGGGGGAGAAAGGCCGGUUUGGCCCAUGAGAGUGUGGCUUUCGGGGUACGAUCUUGGCAGUGUCCUCAAUCUGGUGGUGCUUUUUUGGCGGUAUUGGGUGUUCCAUGUCAAUGCAAGAGAUAGCUUGGGCCAUUUGGACGCAGAACAGCAGAGGACUAACGAAGAACCCAGGAACUUGCAUUUCAUGAACAAAUUCCGGACCUACCUCGAGCUGUUCUUCGCGAUAUGGUUCGUGAUGGGCAAUGUCUGGCUGUUCGAUUCUCGCUCUGGGUCGUUUCGUCGAGCUCCAAAGCUCUAUCUCCUCUGCAUCUCUCUGCUCGCUUGGAAUGCAGUCUGCUACUCCUUCCCAUUCCUGCUGUUUGUCUUCCUGUGCUGCCUUGUACCCCUCGUUAGCAGCCUCCUCGGCUACAACAUGAACAUGGCGUCAGUCCAUCGAGGGGACUCUGACGAUCAAAUCUCCAGCCUACCCUCCUGGAAAUACACAGAUUUCGACACCAGUUCAGAGCUCGGAAAAUCAGUCCAAAACCAUGAAAACCCCGAAUGCUGCAUCUGUCUAUCAAAGUACAGGGAGAAGGAAGAGAUGAGACAACUGCCGUGCUCACACAUAUUCCAUCUGCAGUGUGUGGAUCAAUGGCUCAGAAUCAUAUCCUGCUGCCCUCUUUGUAAGCAACAACUAGAAGAGAGGUGAAGAAGCAGGAAAACAAGCCAGGAUUUUCCUUCACUUUCCCUCUGUUCCUCGCCCACUAUUCCAUCCAUCCCUAUAUAUUUUCCUGGGAAAACACAACCAAUCUAUUACCCUGAAUCGAUUGUAAUUAUAAGGGUUACUCGAGUGAGUGAGUUUAUUCAUUGUACAUUGGAGCUCACCAGUAACACAGAGAGCUUUCCUGGGGCGUAUAUCCAUUUGCAAGAAUCCUACAAUCAUUUGUAUUUAUUAAUUUGUUUGAAUGCUUAUAAAAUAGU